GUCAGUCUAGUAAGAAGUCAGAUAUAUACAGCUUUGGAAUUGUAUCAUUGGAAUUAGCAUGUGGAAGAAAACCCAUAGAUCACAAUGCAACAGAAGGUCAGAUAAGAAUGGUUGAAUGGGUUUGGAAUCUUUAUGGAAUAGGUAAGCUCCUUAAAGCAGCUGACUCGAAACUAUUUGCAGAGUUUGAUGAGCAAGAAAUAGAACAUUUGAUGAUUGUGGGGCUUUGGUGUGCUCACCCAGAUCCUAAUCUCCGGCCUUCAAUCAGGCAAGUGAUUCAUGUCCUAAAUUUUGAAGCUCCGUUGCCUGUUAUUCCAUCCAAAAUGCCAGUGCCAAAGUAUUUGUCUCUGUCAGGGUAUACACCCACUUCUUCACAACCAUUUUCCUAUGGCACCACUGUAUCUGAGAGUAGUCGGAACCAAUCUUCAAGCUAUAGCUAG